AUGGAGGGGCCAGAGUACCAUGAAAAAGUAGGCGAUAAAUACUGCUCUGCUGGAGUGGCCAGAUGGAAAGCUGAAUACAUCUGGACCCAUUUGGCCCAAAGGGUCGUUGGUGUUUGCAACUGGCCGCUUCCGGCGGAAAUACGCUUUGGCUACUGCUACGAAGAUUAUGUCGAUGGAGUCGUCCCAAAUUUUAGAAUAAUUAUAAAUCGAGGAGGAUUUGGAUUCACGAGUCGGCAACAUGCACUGACGGAAACUACAGGUGAAAAUAAAAAAAUUUGGCAAGAGAAAAUAGAAGAGACAUUAGAAGAACAACUUACAGCACAUUGGAAGUAA